AUGGCCACCGAGGUCAGUCAAGAGAAGGCGCAAGGGCUCCAACAACAACAUGAAUACAACGAUGACAAGUCAAGCUUGGAGAAAGGCCCUCCAGAAGGCUUUCAGACCGGCAAGGAUGGCGAAGACAUUCCAUGGACCGCAAAGCGUAUGAUCGCUGUGCUCUCUUUGUGUAUUGUCUACGUGGGCUCGCAAAUCAUCCUCUACUUCACCAGCUCCGCGCUCGCUCCCAUCUCGCAGAGCUUGGGAACGACUCGCGGUAACUGGAUGUUGACUGCGAACACGUUGGCAGUGGCUGCCAUUUGCCCAUUCGUGGGCUACAUUACUGAUCUGAUGGGUCGCCGGAACAUUGCACUCAUCGGAACACUCUUCCUGCUCACCUCCUGCGCCGUCCAGGCUACUGCCAACUCGCUCGCACAAGCUGUGUCUGCUCAAGCUAUUGGAGGCCUGGGAGCUGGUAUGGCUGAGCUUGUUGCGCUUGCUGGUGUCGCAGAGAUCACCCCAGCACGCUGGAGAGGUGUCACUCUCUCCCUCGUCACCUUUUCGAUUGUCCCAUUCAUGCCACAACUCCUCUACACCAUCCUCAUCGUCCGCAGCUCCACCUGGCGCUACUGCUUCCUUCUCUGCGGUCUGUGGAAUCUCGUCGGCAUGGUCGGUCUCGUCUUUUGCUACAAGCCACCGCCACGACCAAAUGCAGAAGGACUCACCAAGAUGCAAAUUUUGGCACGUAUCGAUUGGGUUGGCGCCUUCUUGUCCAUCGUCGGCAUCACACUCUUCCUCGUCGGACUCCAAGCAGGAGGCUACCCACACCCAUGGACCUCAGCGCCAGUCCUUGGUCCUCUCAUCGUGGGAGCCAUCACAACAUUCGUCGCAUUCCCUCUCUGGGAAGUCUACGGCAAACACCCCUUCCCCAUGGUCCCAGGCAAGAUCUUCAAAGGCCAACGCGUCGUGGCUCUCGCGUACGUGAUCGUCUUUAUCGCCGGCAUGGAAUUCUACUCGAUCCUGGGCUUCUUCCCUCUCGUCCUCCAAUACGUCUACAACACCGACGCCAUCACCAUCGGUGUCCGCGGCCUCUGCUACCCCUGGGCAAUCCUCGGCGGAGCCUGCAUCGUCUCCUUCCUGAUGAGCUACACCAAAGGCCACGUCCGAACCAUGUUCUUCACCGUCGCAGCCAUCAUGACAGCCUUCACUGGCGCCCUAGUCGUCUCCAACCCCAACAACCCCGGCACAACAAUCACCCUCGCCACCUUGGCAGCCUUCGGCAACGGCGCCCUCGUCGUCCCAGCUCUGACCCUAGCCUUCUACGCCGCCCCGGACGAAUUCAUCGGAACAGUAGGCGCCCUCUCCCUCUCCGUCCGCUUCGUCGGCGGCUCAAUCGGAACCUCCAUCUUCUUCAACAUCUUCCUCACACGGUUCACUCGCUUCUUGCCAGAAUUCGUCGGCGCAGCCGCAGUGCAAUCCGGCGUCACAGAUGAACAAACCAUCAUCGCCAUCAUCACUGCUUACGCUUCGCAAGUUCCUGGUGCGGCGGCUGCGAUUGAGGGGAUUAGUGCUUCGACUGUUGCGGCGACGCAGUAUGCGAGUCAGAUGGCUUAUUCGGAGGCUUUGAAGAUGGUGUGGUAUGCGACGAUUCCGUUUGGAGUUGUGAGUUGUAUUGCUUGUGCUUUCUUGCCGAAUAUUAGGCAGCUUAUGACGAGUAAGGUUGCGGUUGAUAUUCAUUAG